GCAGGAGCAGCAGGAGCAGCAGGAGCAGCAGGAGCAGAAGGAGCAGCAGUCGCUCGGCGGAUGGAGAUGCCUGCUGAAGGCGGAGGGAGGAUGGUAGUGAUCUAGCGGGUGCUGCAGGGCUGUGCCGCAUUGCCUGGCCGCCGCGAGCGACGCCGGGGAGACGGUGAUGCUGUCGUAGUCAUUGUGUCACAGACAGAGAGGAGAGGCUUUGACAUGGAGGGAAGCGGCCGCGCGUCUGCGUCUGUGAGCUCAGGCCCCCCGGAUCAGCAGGUUGGGUAGACCGCAUGAAGCCUGGAGAGAGGACCUGAGUCAUGACAUAGGCUUAAUAAAAAAAAAAAAUACAAUAAAGUUGAAUUCUUGAAUGUAGAUUUGCAAUGUGUCUGUGCGUAAAAGUGAACGGCCCAUGAGGAUGCAUCAUAGGAGCAUCAUAGCAGCAGCGUCUGUGCCAGUUCCGCGUGGAUUACGUCUACAGAGCAGCAGGCCUCCAUCUGGAGUCAGCCUGUGAUCAGUAAAACCAAACAGGAAAACCAUUUCAUACACUUCACCCUGUUGAUUGUGUUGCUUGACUGGAAGCUGGUUGUGGAGGGACAGCUGUUGCCAGAGAUGACUCACUUACAGACUGGCCUCUCUCCAGAGACCCUGGAGAAGGCCAAGCUGGAGCUGAAAGAAAACCCGGAGACUUUACACCAGGACAUCCAGGAGGUCCGGGACAUGAUCAUCACCCGGCCGGACAUCGGUUUCCUCCGGACGGACGACGCGUUCAUCCUCCGAUUCCUCCGGGCGAGGAAGUUCAACCACUUCGAGGCGUUUCGGCUGUUGGCACAGUAUUUUGAGUACCGACAGCAGAACCUGGACAUGUUCAAGAACCUGAAAGCCACGGACCCGGGGAUAAAGCAGGCCCUGAAGGACGGUUUCCCCGGAGUACUGUCCAAUCUGGACAAAUACGGCAGGAAGAUACUGGUCCUGUUCGCAGCCAACUGGGACCAGAGCAGAUACACAUUUGUGGACAUACUAAGGGCGAUCCUGCUGUCGUUGGAAUCUAUGAUCGAAGACCCGGAGCUGCAGGUCAACGGCUUCAUCCUAAUCAUCGACUGGAGUAACUUCACCUUCAAGCAGGCGUCCAAACUGACUCCCAGCAUGCUGCGGCUGGCCAUCGAGGGGCUGCAGGACAGUUUUCCUGCCAGGUUUGGAGGGAUCCACUUUGUGAACCAGCCCUGGUACAUCCACGCUCUCUACACCGUGAUACGACCCUUCCUCAAAGACAAGACCAGGAAGAGGAUCUUCAUGCACGGCAACAACCUGAACAGCCUCCACCAGCUGAUCCAUCCUGAGAUCUUGCCAUCGGAGCUGGGCGGGAUGAUGCCGCCGUACGAUAUGGGCACGUGGGCGCGGACGCUGCUGGACCACGCCUACGACGAGGAAACCGACUACUGUCCGGAGUCCUACACCCUGUCAGUACAAGACCUGGAGAGAGACCUGGAGAAAAACCUGUCCCCGAAAACCAUGAAGAGGUCUCAGUCAGUGGUGGAACCAGGUGUCCUGAAACGUCCAGACAAAGUCAAGAGUGAAGAGGACAACAUGCAGCCGCUGCUCUCGCUGGACUAAACCCCACGUCCAAUAACAGCUCAAACGCAUAAUCAAAAGGCAUUCACACACAAAAACACACUGACUUACCUGCACAGGGAGUGACACGAGCGCUCUGAAAACACCUUUCUCCAAAAGAAACUGUUGCUGUGUUUUUGGAUUCUUGUCUCUCUUGAACUGAAGGAAAAUUCUCAACAAGCUAAUAGAAAGUAGACGGACGAACCAGAGCCAAAAGGGACGUUUUCUUCAGACAGGAGGGCAUCCUGAGAGCUGCUGAUGGUGGUCAUUUAGUCAUGUGUCAAGUGCCAGUUCCCAAAAAACUGUAAGUGGACGUCUUUUUAACAGUCCAGCCUCGCCAGUGUGGAGCAAGGAAAGAAGAACAAAACACAGAGAAAGACAGAGUUGCCACAUACAAACCAGUGUUUCCUACAGUUGUGUAAUAUAUGGUUGAGGGGCGAUAUGAAGAACUGGAAACCCUACUUCAGAGAGACCAUGGGGCCACAGUUCCCGGGCUGCCGUUUUUUUCUUCUUCUUCUUUGUAAAGUAGUUUAAAGAAAACGAGAAGCACGGCUCAGGAUUUGCGACAAUAAUGAGCUUGUUUAACCUCCUGGACACAAAACUGGCAGACGGGCAGGCACUGGGUUUACUGGGAGGUUAUUUUCAAAGGUCUUUCCUUUGAAAAUAAUGUUUGAAUUAUUGCUCCAGUUAUCUCCUGGAAAAGCAAAUCCCCCUUUACGGUAAGAGUUGGCUAUAUCAAUUAUGUGUUUUUCCUCUCUUUUUUUCUGACCCCUAUGUUGGAAAACAAUAUGUCUCCUGCCAUUAGGAAGCGGCAGACUCUUUUAAACGACUCACAUCCUAAUGUUCGGACGAAGAUGACUUAAAGACAUAUUUUGAGAAUUUAAUAUGUAGGAUUUCUAGCCGGAAAAAAAAUAAAUCAAAUAAACCCCCAUUUCAUUUCAUAAAAGCAGAGAAAAGGCACUCACAUCACCCUCUCCUGUGACUUUGUGACACAUUUCAUCUCUUUCUGGCAGUAAUAAUCUUAAAAGGCCAAAACAUUACCUCAGUAUCUGUUAUUAAACAUGUCAGUAUUAUAAGAUUUAAAGAGGCGUUAAAGAACUUCAUAGGUAUUUUUUGCAUGUUGUUUUAGUAAAAAUCACACUCAUGCAUUAUUUUAAUACAUUGUCGCUGUUUCAUAAUGCGGCUAAAACCCUUUUUAAUCAGUAUUUGUUUUAGUUGAUAAUCUUAACCCAAAGUCCACUUAUUAUCUGCUGAGCUCUCAGCCACAUCACUUCUUCAUAUAGGAGUCUACAGAUCAGUGAAGAUGGAUGGGCUAUACUGGGCAAAUAUUGAAUUCCCAAAAAUACAUCACCAUGUCCCAAGCCAGUGAAGGACUGGCUAUCUGGAAUUGCCAAAAGCCAGAAGCCCCCCCACCCCAUGUGCCCCUAUGGGGCACUUCUGAUAAUUGGUCCAUGGUUCAUUUUGAUAAGUUUUUGUAUCCAUGCAGCCACAAAUAUUCAAGAUUGUACUGCGCUGAGGUGGGUGGAAAGAUCAACUCGGAGGGCAAAGUUACUCAUUUUCAAGCUAACGCCAGGGCCGCUUUUUUAAUCCCAGACCGUCACUGGCCCCAUCUAAAGCUUUCUGACAUCCUGUAGUCUAAGCUUUUUCUGAAUCAACAGACGGUAAAUGAAAACAAAAGGUAAUUCAGCUGAACGAUAGACAGGCCAGCAGACGGGGAAACUGCGAAAAUGACGGGAAGAGCAGCGGAGGAGAAAAGCCAGCCGGGCUGGCAAGCAGACAGCCGAGCAGAUCCCUGAAAGGCCGGCAGGCAGGAAGCGUGAGGUGGCCCGCUGCAACGAGAGCAGACAGCUGGAACGUUAAACUAUCACACCAGCGUGCAUGACAUGUCAACCUCACUCACAACAGCUCAGAGGCCCGAGUCUGUGCACAGUUGAGUCAGACUGCAGCCUCAGUAUUAUCUGUCUGGUUCCACCGAUGAUCCACUCAGAUGGAGAUAACAAUCUGCCACCUUAUGAUAUUUAGUAGUUUAUUUCACAUGUGAUCAGGCAGUCGUCUGCGAGCAGACAAUACCGGUGGCCUCAGGCUGGGAAACUGUUUUCAUUGUUGUUGUUUUUCCUCAUGUGUAUUACAAGAUAAGGCUCAUUUUGAAUUCUUCUUAUUAAUAGACCCUUCUCUAAGCCUUUGCUCCUCUUCGUAACUAUUGCUACACCUUUUUGUUCUCACACAGCAAACACAGAAGGUUAGAUAGAUGAUUGCAUCAGUGAGCAGAACUGUUUUACAUCCAAUUACAACUGUAAGUGUUAGUAGUCUACAUCCACGAUGUUCCACUUCCGGGAUUGUUCAGAUGUCCGUUUCCUUCCUCUUCCUUUGUGUCAGCGUUCUAACCUCCGGUGGAUUUCUGAGGACUAUGGUUACCUGGUCCUCAGAUCUCUGCAGGGUAAAUCCAGACAGCUAGCUAGACCAUCUGUCAAAUCGGAGUUUUCUGUGGCACGACUAGAAAAAACUUCUUUUGAAUGUACACACG